AUGAAGAGGAUUCGCAGAGGUACUACUGAAGCUUCAUCAUCCCGACCUAAUAGACAGUGUCCCACGACCUCAAAGAGGAGACAGAGAGCAGCUCCUCAAGAUCACAUUGAGGAUACUACAGAGGUUGAAGAUGUAGCUGCUACUCAGGGUAGUAAUGUUGAGGUACAUGCCGAGCCUACUGAGCCAUCUCGAGUAGGUCCCAUUGAUCCAUCUUUACUUAUGAGUUUUAAGACUCACAUAGCAGCUGCAAUUUGGAAUAACCAGGAACGUGAGCCCCUUAGGUGCAUGUCGAAAACAUCUACCCUUUGUGAGUGGAAUUGGUGGGGUAAUCCAAAUAAUGGUAUAUUCAAAGGGUACAUUCAGAGGUCUGGAUUAGAGCACCUUAUUAGGUGUUCUUAUCGGAAUGCUGAUAAGAUUGUGGUAUCUACAUUUGUUGAGAGGUGGCAUCCCGAAACGAACACCUUUCACAUGCCUUUUGGUGAGAUGACCAUCACAUUGGAUGAUGUGUCAUCUAUUUUAGGCAUUCCUGUGUCAGAGGAGUACAUCAUGUAUUUUGCCAGAGCAUAUUUGCUAUAUCUCUUGGGUUGCACUUUGUUUGUUGACAAGACUGGCACGAGAGUCCAAAUUGUGUACCUUAGACUACUUAGAAACCUUGAUAGUGUUGCUGGUUAUUCAUGGGGUUCUGGGUGCUUAGCAUGGUUGUAUAGACAAUUAGGCCAAGCUUCGAGGUCUAAGGUGAAGCAGAUUGCUGGGUACAUGACUUUGCUGGAGGCAUGGGUGUAUGAGCACAUGCAUGGUGUUGUUGUCCCUGAUCAUGACCUUGAUUAUUUAGAGGUUAUAUGGGAACCUUACAAGUUUGAAAGGGAACAGCACCCAUUUCCAGAUGUUGCAUUCUACUCAUGGAUGCUAAGAUGUUGUGAUGUUAUUGAGCCCUACCAUCCUGAGCGGGUUCUUAGGCAGUUUGGUCGAGUGCAGACAAUUCCUCCCAUAAUAAGUGCUCCAACCAGAACAGGUAGUCGUGCCAAUUCCUAUAAUUCUUACUUUGGGGAAAUGUGGGACAAUCGGGAGAACCACAUGUUGGGAGGGGCGAACCGUAGUGUACCAGUGAGGAGACCAUCAGAUACUGUGCCUGGGUACUUGGAGUGGUACCUCAACGUGGGAUAUCCGUUUGUCCAGAAUCCUAAUUAUGGAGCUACAUUUGACCUAUUUGCCUCAAUGCAAAGUCGAUAUUAUCAGGAGCGUGACGAGCGUAUGUUGUCCUUUACUAGGCCGCUCGUGGCAUUAGGGGAAAGAGUUGCAUUGCGUACACGACCUUCCCAAGUUUAUCAAGCAGUUGAGACCUUGCAACAGAUUUUAGAGGGUAGAAACAUACGGUCUACCAUGACAUAUCAACGUCGUCAUGGUUAA